UCGAGCGGGAUUUUUUCUCUGUGUGCUUUUUCCUAAGGCUUCUAUGUGUUGUAAAAUAUUUACACAGUUUCAGUAGCCAUUGGGAAUCGGUUUUAAUUGUUUUCUGAAAGAAAAAAGCCUCCCCUUUGAGUUGAUUUGGUGGAGUCGGAUGAAAACCGAGCUGUGUGUGUGCCACAUCUUCCACUAAAUGAUAAAGCCACUUCAAACUGCCGAGACCGAGCUUGAACAGAGACGCUCAAGUCCAUGCUGAUCAAACACGGAUUUUCUUUGUUACUUUCACUUGAGGCCGCUCAGAGUCAGUGGAGCAUCGUAUAUUUUUUGCUUUUUGCUUUUUCUUUAAACCGCUAUAAGUUGACGCGUAAGUUAGGCUGCCUGCAACGGAAUAAAGUGGGAAAGUGGAGCUGAAUAAAGUGGACUGUCUUCUAACCAGGAGCCAAACCUGUAAAGAGGAGCAGAGGAAGCGGAGCAGUCUUCGACGUGGGGAGCAGUAGUGCGGCUUGAGUAGAGAUACCGAGAAGAGAAGGUAGAAACGCCAGCUCGGCCGUCCACCUCGGAGCGCUGCGUCAUGGGGAAGCAGAACAGUAAACUGCGACCUGAGGUCCUGAACGACCUGAGGGAGAACACAGAGUUCACCGACCACGAGCUUCAGGAGUGGUACAGAGGCUUCCUGAAGGACUGUCCCACCGGCCACCUGACGGUGGAGGAGUUCAAGAAGAUCUACGCCAACUUCUUCCCGUAUGGCGACGCCUCGAAGUUUGCGGAGCACGUGUUUCGCACGUUUGACACAAACGGCGACGCCACCAUUGACUUCCGGGAGUUCAUCAUAGCUUUGAGUGUGACGUCGCGUGGUGGGCUGGAGCAGAAACUGCGCUGGGCCUUCAGCAUGUAUGAUCUGGACGGGAACGGUUACAUCAGUCGGGCAGAAAUGCUAGAGAUAGUUCAGGCCAUCUACAAGAUGGUGUCAUCAGUAAUGAAGAUGCCAGAGGAUGAGUCGACGCCAGAGAAAAGAACGGAUAAGAUCUUCAGACAGAUGGACAUUGACAAUGAUGGUAGAUUGUCUUUGGAGGAGUUCAUUAAAGGUGCCAAAAGCGACCCGUCCAUCGUCAGACUGCUGCAGUCGGAUCAGGGAACCUCCCGCCAGUUCUGAGGACAGAGAAACCCACUCUGCUGCAUGAGGAAACCUACCGCAUAAAUCCAGCUUUAUAACGAUCCUUACCUCCCCCUUUUAGCUAACACUCGUUUACAUUGAUGUGUCGUCUCUCUGGAGCUCUUUUAGUUGAAAGUAUUAUUUUUGUGCUUUUCCCAAAACUCUUUCCCAUUUAGCCGUUUUAAUUUAAGUGCCAUAUGUUUAUAUUGACUGGAUUCAAAGCUUAAAGUGUUAUGGCUACCAUUAUGUUACAAAAGGAAACUAAUUGAAUGACUUCGAAUUUGAUUCAACUGUGGCUUAUUGUGGUUUAAGAUAACAGAUGCUUACGAAGCUCUGUAUGCCUUCAUAUAGCAUGGCUCAGUUAUUUGUAUUUUUGGAUAUUGUGAGUACAAUGUAUGUGAAUAAGGAGGCAGGGACUGGUUGUUUUUAUUCCUUUUUAUUUUUGUAACAAAAAUGUCAUUUUGUUUUCACACAAUUGAAAUAAAGUCGUGUAAGAAAAUCUA